AUGAGACACGACGACAGCGAGGGGGAGAAGAAGGUGGAGACGGUGCCAUCACCGGCCGCCGCCGCCACCGGCGAGAGGACGUCGUCGGGCCGCGCGCGACGGCAGCGGGAUCGACGGAGAAGAGAGAGGGCUGCCAUGGCCGCCAAGAAGUCCCUCGUCAAGAAGGUGAAGGACCUAGGGAAGGUCGGGCGAUGGCGGCAAGCUAUCUCCGAGGUGGACUCGGCCAUCGAGGGCGGCCUCCUUCCCGACGAGUACGUUUACGGCAGCUGCGUGGGCGCGGCGGCCGACAACGGGCGGUGGCAGGAGGCGCUAGGCAUCCUCCGCCGCAUGCGGGAGGACGGGGUGGAGCCGACGACGCCGGUCUACAACGCGGCCAUCAAGGCGUGCGCCAGGGGCAAGCAGCUGAAGCUGGCCCUGGCGCUGCUGGAGGAGAUGCGAUCCAACGCCGCCAAGGCCAACGCAGCACCACCGGUCGCCGCCCCUGCUGCCGCUGCUGCCGGCGCCGCCGUUGCAGAGUCGCCCGCGAUAGGAGAUGGCAGUAGUUGGUCCGGUGUGGUAGGGCGCAGCGGCACCGCGAGGGUCCGGGCGGGGGAGGGCGACGUACGGAAGGAAGGGCUCCGUUUGAACGGCGUGGGUGGUGGCGCCAAGGGUAGUCGGAGCGGCGGCAGGAGCGGCAGUCGCCGGACCGGCCCCGGGGCCGCCUGCUCCUCGGAUUACGACCCCGACAUCCAGACGAUCAACACGGUCAUGGCGGCGUGCGCCGCCGAGGGGGAGUGGGAGCUGGCGCUGGAGGUGAUGAAGAAGGCCCAGCGGGAGGACGGUCUCCACCCGACGAGGAUCACGUACAACACGGCAAUCUCGGCGUGCGGCCGCCGCGGGGAGUCCGACCGGGCGGUCCAACUGCUCCGGGAGAUGAGAGUCGCCGGCCUGGCCCCGGACACGAUAAGCUACAACUCGGCGAUGGCGGCGUGCGCGGUCAAGGGCCAGUGGAGGCGGGCGCUGUCUCUGUUAGGGGAGAUGGGAGCGGGCGGGAAGGGCGGCCACGGGUCGGGGGGGGCGAGGCUUCCUUCGCCUGACGUGUACAGCUUCGGCUCGGCCAUCACGGCUUGCGGGCGCGGGGGGCAGUGGUCCCUGGCCGUAGGGCUGCUGGGCACGAUGCGCCGGAAGGGGAUCGCGCCGGGGGUGGUGGCGUUCAACGCCGCCAUCUCCGCUUGCGGGGAGGCCGGGCAGUGGGAGCGCGCGCUCGGGCUGCUGCGGGACAUGGAGGCGGAGGCGGGGGAGAGAGGGCGGGAGCCGGGAAGCGACGGCAGCGGCGGCGGCUUCGCCGGUCCCAACCGCGUGAGCUUCAACGCCGCGAUAAACGCCUGCAGCAACGCCGGCGAGUGGCAGCAGGCCAUCUCUCUUCUGGAAGAGAUGCGGCGCAACGCUAACGCGGGGAGCGAUGCCGCCGAAUACAACGACGACCUAGCGCUGCCGGCGAAUCGCGAGCACGACAGCGCGGCCGAUGGCAACAACAAAGACGCGGGACUACUUGCAGCGGGGGCGGCGGCGGCGGCGAGGAAUAGCGACCCUCGAGAAUUAACGCCUUCCGAAUAUGGCGGUGGGAUAACGGCUCCCGAGGGAGCGGAGGGCGUUAGCAAGGCCGACCGGAGACGGCGGCGCCGGCGAGGGAGGACGGGUGGUCCGACGCCAGACGUGGUGAGCUACUCCGCGACCAUCACGGCCUGCAGCCGAGCGGGGAACUGGGAGCGGGCGCUGGGGCUGCUGGAUCAGAUGCGGGAGGACGGCCUCGAGCCCAACUCGACGACCUUCUCGACGAUGAUCUCGGCGUGGAGGAGGGACUGGGGCUACGGCGGCGACGGCGCCCGGGGGCAGGAGGCCCGGGGCGCGCUUCUGCCCCUGCUGGCCAGCAUGGCGACGUGCAGGGGGUUGGCGCCCGACGCGAGGCUGUACGGCUCGGCGCUGGACGCCUGCGCGGACGCCUCGUUGUGCCAGCCGGCGCGAGACCUGCUCGCAGGCAUGGUCUCCUCCGGAGUUCCCGUCGACGACAGAGCUCGCCGCGCCGUCGCGACCGCGUGCGCAGCUCCGGCGGCAGCACGAUCGUCGUCAUCUUCGGAAUCGAGACAAACCAACGACCCUAACGCCGAUUUUUGA